ACCUAUCCCACCGGGCGCACCAAAUAAGGCGGUUCACAGGGGAAGACGUUUCCUUGUGGAGUGCGGGAGAUCGAGAAGACGAGAGGCCGUGUAGACUGACCAGAGUCCGCGGUCAAAGACAACCAAAAGUACCGAGUGAAUCGUUUCUGAGAGCCAUCACCUGAAAUCGAGGGAAACAAUGCCAGAGGUUCAUCAGCUCAUUCCAGGGCCCAUCACGUGCCACUGUUGGAACGGCGACAGGAGCAGGUUUGCCAUUUCCCCCAACAACACCGAGGUCCACAUCUACACCAAGAAAGGCAGCAAAUGGGAGGUUCAGCACGUUCUUAGUGAGCAUGGACAGAAGGUGACUGGAAUGGACUGGGCCCCAAAGAGCGAUCGCCUUGUGACCUGCGGAGCGGACAGGAAUGCGUAUGUGUGGACGUUUGCCGGAGAAGAGUGGAAGCCGUCUCUGGUAAUCCUGAGGAUCAACCGAGCUGCCACUACUGUCAGGUGGUCUCCACUUGAGAACAAGUUUGCAGUGGGGAGUGGAGCACGUCUCAUCUCCAUCUGCUACUUUGAGAAGGAAAAUGACUGGUGGGUGAGUAAACACAUCAAGAAACCACUGCGAUCCACUGUUCUGGGUAUUGAUUGGCAUCCCAAUAACUACCUCCUGGCUGCCGGCAGCUGUGACUUCAAGGCCAGGGUGUUCUCGGGCUAUGUGAAGGAGAUAGAGGAGAAACCAGAGGCCACGUGCUGGGGGAAGAAGAUGACGUUUGGAGCCUGCAUGGCAGAGUUCUCCAACGGAGGGGGAGGCUGGGUCCACAGUGUCUCAUUCUCUCCCUCGGGGAACAAGCUGGCCUGGGUCGGACAUGACUCCAGCGUGUCCGUCGCCAACCAGGCCGCUGAUGGGCAGUAAGUUGCAACCCUCUUCUGUCUUUUUUCUCUUACCUAACCUCACUUCAUUCACUUUACUCCCGUAUCUCUCCUGUCUCUUCCUGACGGAGAACAGUCUGGUGGCUGCAGGCUACGACUGCUGCCCCGUGCUGUGGAUGCACGACGACGCAGGCUCCCUCACCUACAUCAAUAAAUUGGACACUGCAGAGAAGAAACAAAAGGAGUUUGUGAGUGCCAUGGACAAGUUCAAAGGUCUGGACAAUCGAGCCAAUGCAGGCGGAAGGGACGUGGAGCUAGACUCCACCCACCAGAACGCCAUCUCCGAGAUCCUGCUGCACACGGGGUCGCGAGAGAACGUGUCCAAGUUUGCCACCGUUGGCGUGGACGGGCAGCUGGUGAUCUGGGACUGCAAGAGCCUGGAGUCCUCCAUCGCCGGCCUCCGCUUCAAAUGAACUCCAUCUCUGGAGAGAGACACUCUGUAGUGACUGAUGUAGUGAUAGACAGACAACCUUAGGUCUGUUGUUGAUUGAUUCGAUUCCCGUUAUAAUUUUCGGCAUGCGUUUUUG